AUGCCACCCGCAGCGCCAUACCUCCCCAUCGGCUACAGUGGCCGGCCUUCAUCGAUUGUACUUUCGGGGACAAAGAUCACGCGCCCGUAUGGGCAAUAUCGUGACGGGAACAGUAUUGGUUUCGGUCCCUCCAGGGCACUCGAUUACGAGCUCGAGGUGGCUUGUAUUAUUGGGAAGCCGACGCAGCUCGGAGACCGCGUAGCUGUAACGGAUGCCGACGAACAUAUGUUUGGUCUCGUUCUGCUGAACGAUUGGAGUGUGAUCACACUGGAAGCACUCGAACCGUUUGCAACACAACCGCCUCCGAAGGAUAUACCCGCGCAGCUAUACUUACUGGACAACAAGGAGAAAUCGAGUUACAACCUCGCCUUAACGGCCGAAGUAUUAACCGCUGACGGGGCUACGACGGUGUGCAAGGCGCAGCUCAGCUGGAUGUACUGGACGUUCCGCGACCUCGUGGCCCAGCAAACGAUCAAUGGGUGUAAUCUCAACACUGGCGAUAUUCUGGCGACGGGAACGGUGUCGGGAGCAGGCGAUGACGAGCACGGAUGUCUGCUAGAGAUGACCAAGGGCGGUAAUGUGGGUUGGAAAACGUCCACUGGCCAAGAUAGGACGUAUUUGCAGGACGGAGACGGUGUGCGCAUCAGCGGGCAAGCUGGGGAUGGCGUGGGGUUUGGUGACUGCGUGGGGUUCAUCGGGGCCGCUCGGCCGUUUGGAACAGCACAAGUUCAUUUGUGA